AUGAAAGAAACAGUUAUUGAGCCUAAACCAGUUGUUAAGCUUCCUUUCCCCACUAGGAACAAGAAAAAGGGACAACAUGAGAAAAACUUUGAAAAAUUCUUAGAGUUGUUCAAGAAGAUGGAUAUCAACAUUCCUUUGUUGGAGGCACUUGAACAAAUGGCUAAUUAUGCCAAGUUCAUGAAAGACAUCAUUUCGAAGAGGCGAAUCGCCGACACCAACCCGAUUAUUCUAACCGAAACUUGUAGUGCUAUUUUGAAGGGUAUGAAGAUUCCGAUAAAGAAGAAAGAUCGAGGAGAUGUCACCAUCCCUUGUACUAUUGGAGAUAGGUCAUUCAACAAAGCUCUUAUUGAUAUAGGAGCUAGUGUGAGUCUUAUGCAAUUAUCCAUUUACAAGAAGAUUGGUAUAGGGGUUGUGCAAGACACCAGGAUGACAGUCCAAUUCGCCGAUCAUUCGGUCAAGAAACCGUAUGGUAUUGUUGAAGAUGUUCUUGAAAUGCCGGAAGAUGAAGAGAUCUCUCUCAUUCUUGGGAGACCCUUUUUAGAAACGGGACGGUGCUUGAUAAACAUAGAAGAAGGAACUAUGACAUUGAAGGUAUAUGAUGAGGAAUUGAAAAUCGAUGUUCGAAACACCAUGAGGUACAAGGAUGAUAUUUGUACCAGUCACACUAUAGAGGUUCUGGAUCAGGUGAUGACAUAUGAUAGUCCUUUGAAUGCACCACAGUCACCUUUGAAAAGAGUGUUGAGUUUGUCCAUUUUCAAUAGUGAUAAAUAA